AUGGACUCCUACGAGAGUUUUGGAUCACCCGGGAGGAACCGGGAGGGGGAUCCUUACGCGGCUCGAACGCAAACGGAUUCUUACCGGCGCAGGUCACCUGGAGCCCAAGACCGGCGUCGCGGUACACGGGGCCGUUCUCGCUCUCCAGUUAUGAUUGAUCGCUACGAACCCUCAGUCCGCCGCCCUUCUCGCGACGAUUACUACGCCUCGACUCGCGAGAAUCCCUUUCGAGAGCGCGAGGACCGGCGUGCUGCUCCGUCGCCAACCGUUGCCAAUAUCGACCGUUACGUUCCUGGACAAGAGUCUGGCAAAAGACCACUUCCAACGAACCCUCUUCCGAACCCGUUAAACCUUGACUUUCAAGUUGGAUUCAAUUGGUUCGCAGAAUGGUGGCGUGCUGAGCAAUCCAUCAAAGAGGAGAAAGAUCGCGCAAAAUACGGCGGACGGCGCCCAUCUGAUCGUGUCAAGGGGGAACGCGAGGCUCGCGAGGACCGGGAAAGAGAAAGGGCGCAGAUCCAGGCCGCUUAUGACACUUACAAGGUCGAUCUCCAAAUUAAGAUGUCAAGGACGUUUGUUCAACAUCAUCGAAAUGAGGAGUGGUUCAAGGAGCGCUAUGUUCCCGAAGUCAGGGAUCCUCUUCGCCGACGCCUGAUGGAUUUCCGUGUGGGUGCUUAUCAGCAAUGGGAGCGGGACCUUGAAGGCGGUCUGUUUGACGAUUUCACCCUGGAAGGAAUCUACAAGACUGAAAGCGAUGGCGCAGGCGGUGUUAUCGAGAAGGAAGAAGGCGAAACAACUGCCGUUGGCGAGACACUGGGUGUUUUGGACUUGCUUCCUGUCAGAGGUGGCGACUUGCGCGAUGAGGCUUUGUCACAGCCGGCCUUGCUUAUUAAGACUUUGGCACCCAAUGUGAGCCGCGCGAAGAUUGAAGAAUUCUGCAAGGAGCAUCUAGGGGAGCAGGACGGCGGCUUCAAGUGGCUCAGCCUAAGCGAUCCGAAUCCUUCGAAGAAGUUCCACCGAAUGGGUUGGAUUAUGCUCCACCCAGCUCCAGAGAGCGCAGUGAUUGAGAGAGGAGAUGGUCGAGAGGAGGAAGGCGAGGAAAUGGAUCAUGAUCAGGGUGCCAAUGGGACUGUAACUGUAUCUGCGGCCGAGAAGGCACUGGAAGCUGUCAACGACAAGACGAUCCAUGAUCCCGUUCACGGAGAUUUUGUGUGCCAUGUCGGUGUACACGUUCCACCUUCCCAGACACGCAAAAAGGCUUUGUGGGAUCUAUUCUCCGCCCCAGAGCGGAUUGAACGUGACCUUGAACUGGCCCGACGUUUGGUCUGUAAGCUUGAUGCUGAGAUGGGUGGAAACGCCGACGGUUAUUCCAAAAUUGAAGACCGUGUUGAGGAGCUGCGCGGAAAGGGUUGGCUUCAGCCUCCUGUCACAGGCCCUGUCACUGUCAAGAAGCGGAAACCUGACUUUGACCCCGCUGAUAUUGACGAGGGUGAAGCGGAAGAAGGUGAAGAGCAAGAAGGAUGGGACGAUGACGAAGUCGAUGAUGAAGAACUUCUGGCCAAGAAGAAAAAGUUGGACCUUAUGGUCGAAUAUCUACGCAGAGUCUACAACUUUUGCUUUUUCUGCGUUUUCGAGAGUGACUCGGUGCACGAACUUGCACGCAAGUGUCCUGGAGGUCAUCUUCGUCGGCCGCGAGCCGGCCUCACCAGCCAGUCGAAAGCCGUCGCCAGAGCCAGUGCCCUUGGACAGCCAUUCCCUGUGAAGAAAAAGGAGCCCAGCGAAGAGGGAGAGGAACAGCCGCCUGUAGAGGAGAAGAGAACGCACCGUUUGUCUAAGGCGGAGCAACAGCUUCAGCGCGCGUUUAACUGGGUCCGGACUUUUGAAGAUAAGCUCUUGCAGAUUCUCGAGCCAGAUAAUGUGGAUAUUAGAAAACUCGGUGGCAAGCCCGUGGAGGAGGCCCUUGAGGAGGAAUUAUCGAAAUUUGUCAAGCAGGAAGAUGAAGCGAAGUUCCGGUGUAAGGUGCCGGAGUGCACAAAGCUUUUCAAGGCCGAGCACUUCUGGCGCAAGCAUGUGGAGAAACGCCACACUGAAUGGUUUGAGAACAUCAAGAGUGAUCUCUCUCUGGUCAACUCUUACGUUCUCGAUCCUGCUCGAAUCGCCCCCUCGCGUUCCGAUGCCAACAGCAAUGGUCAUUUCCCUCUCAGCUCCAGUCAAAAUCAGACCGGCACCCCUCGUGGUUUCAGCUUGGCCAAUUUACCGCCCUAUCUUGCAAACAACGUCAACAUCCCUGGUGGAACCCAUGGUCUCCCCGGCGCUGCUGGUAUUCCGGGCUUCAUGAACGUAAAUAACCAGGCCUGGAACGCGAAUGGCUUGGUAACCGGCGAGCAUGCUGCUAGUCUCCAUCAUCCUGGUGUCAUCCGUCGUGGUGGGGGUCGUUACAACAACCGGUCCGGACCGUAUGACCGGCGCGGCAACCGUCAAGGCGCUUCUGGUGGAGGUCAUCUGAGUCCCGUCCGCGGCAUGCCGAGCAUGUACGGUGCCGGAGGUCGUAUGGGAGCGAGUGGUGCAAUGCCGUAUAUUCCUCCUGGCCACCCUGCCGCCGCUGCAUUGAUGGGAGCAGGUCCAUUUCCUGAUGCGAUGGGAUCGGGACCUGGCCAGCAGGGCAUGGGACCCCGCGAAGCCACCCAGGGCCGCAGCAUUAAGAGCUAUGAGGACCUCGACGCUGUCGGCGGAGCAGGCAGUGGUGAAUUGAAUUACUAA